AUGGCGAUGACCCCCACUGAUACAGAGGCCCCCGACCCAGCGCUGUCUGCCACAGCACAACCAAUGCUGUCUUCAUCCCCCGAAGAUACCCCUGCACCGCAACAAGAGGUACGGGCCCAGGUUCACGUCCGAUUCAGGGCUGGCGUGUCCCGAGCAUCUGGUACGCCAAGGUCUAAUGGCAUGCAGGAUGAGCAGAACGAGGACCAUGAUUCGGCCCUGGGCGAAGACGAACAAGACGGAUCUGCGUCAACGUGGUCCAUCACCUCCAGCGUCCUGAACUACCGAGAGCGACAUGGCCGCACAUGGCACAGCGAGCGGACCGACACGCAGUACUUUCUGCCGAAUGACUCGAAGCAACUCGAAUGCAUCGACAUGACCCAUCGCUUCCUGACGAUCCUGCUCGACAACAAACUUCUGCUCGCCCCAUUGGAACCCGGCGCCAAGCGUGUGCUCGACGUCGGCACAGGGACAGCCUUCGCCGACGCGUUCCCCGAAGCCGAAGUCACGGGCACCGACCUCUCCCCGACCCAGCCGACAUGGCUGCCCUCCAACCUCUCGUUCGAGAUUGACGACUGCACGCGCACCUGGACCUGGGAGGCCAACACGUUCGACCUGGUACACAUGCGUCUCCUGUUCGGCGCCAUCACCGACUGGCCCGCCCUGUUUCGUGAGGCGUACCGUACGGCGCGGCCGGGUGGCUGGUGUCAGUCGUGCGAGGCGGAGUGUCUGAUCCGCUCCGACGAUGGCAGUAUCACGCCCGACACGGCCAUGGGCUCAUCAUGGUCGCGGCUGUUUGUCGAAGGAGGCGAGAGGCUCGGGCGUUCGUUCACGGUUCUGUCCGAUGAAUUGCAGCGGCAAGGGAUGCAAGAGGCGGGAUUUGUGGAUCUGCACGAAGUGAACUUUAAGAUACCUAUUGGGGACUGGCCACUGGAUCCCAAGCUUGCCGAGGUCGGGCAAUGGGUUCGCUUGACCAUGGAGCAUGAUCUUGAAGGCUAUACGCUUUUCAUAUGGAAGGAUGUCCUCGGGUGGGAUACGGACGAAUACCGGAGGUUCUUAACGUCGAUGAAGGAGGAGGUGAGAUCACGAAAACUACAUGGCUAUAUGACUGUGAGGUACAUCUACGGGCGCAAGCCUUAA